UUGUUCGCUGGGAUUUGGGGGAGAUAUUGUACCCCCUUCACCCUCUACCACUGAAGUCAUUUGACCGAAAUUUUGAAGAAAUUACUUUCUGUCUAGUAUCUGUUUGGUCUAGUGUCUGUUCGGUCAGUGCCUUUUGGUCUAGUGCCUGUUCGGCCCAGUGCCUCACGGCCUACUGAGUGGUCUCGGGGCUCGGGCGACCACGCAAGGACAGGCCUCGCUGGACCCCGGCUGCACGCUGGCUCAAGGGCAAGAGGUGAGGAGGGAGGGUCGCAGGACACCAAGAGGAAGCGACCAGGACCACCGGGGCUGGAGGAACCGGAACUCUGGAGGCCCGGAAGCCGCGAGGAAUGCUCGCUAUGCCGCGGAGAUUCUACCUGGGGAUGACGACGGAAGAUGUGCUGGCGGCCGCACACGCUCUCGCUGAAGCCGCCGUCGCCGUCCAGGGUGAUGGUGGUGUCGGCCAGCAGUCUCAGCACCAGCCCCACGGUGGUGCGCUCGUUGCAGUCGAUGCCCAGCAGACAGCUCUCCUCCACGUCGCGCCGCCCCACGUAGGACACCACCACCAGUGGAGCAAGCUGUGCUGUGCGUGGACGCAGCGCGCGGAAGUGAGGCAAGCCAGCAAGCAGUCUCACGCACGGCGAGAUGUCAUCUAUAGCGCGUCCCACGCUGAGUCUGCAGCUCGGAGCGAGGGGCGCGCACUGUUGCCACAUCGCACCUCCCGGCAUCCGCGCAUUUAAAAAUAUUAUUUUGCACACCAUGGUAGUUAUAAUAAGUUUUUUAUAGAGAUAUUUUUUUUUUCAAUUUUCCUAUUUGUUUGAUUUUUCUAAGAACAUAAAAUAGUGUCUGUUGACUGCGGUAAAGUUUUCAUUCUGUAAUAAAAUUAAUUCACUGCUAAACAC